CAGUGUCUUCCUUUUCCGGUACAAAAUGUAAACAUGCUGUUCGCGAAGUCUCGAGACUCGAGGAUGAACUCUAAUGUUGUUGCAUUCUGACACAGGCACAAAGACCCUAGUGUGAGUUGAUCAGGAGCCUCAUAAUGGGCGGGAGAGGCAGAGGCCGUGGUCGUGGGCUGUCCAUCAACAUUGAAGCCCUCGGCCUGGGGCGUGGGGAUGUCUUACCACCUGUUGCUCACCCACCCCCUCUGUUUCCUCCUCUUCCUUUCAAGCCAGUUUCGCUGCCUCAAAGUGAAGAAGUGGAGUACAUGUUAGCCCUUAAACAGGAAUUGACCGAGUCCUUCCGCAAGUCUCCAUUUCACAUCAAAGCUCAAAACAAGAGCAAAGACAUUGAUAGAUACUCUGAUAAGUAUCAGGUUGGAAUUGCUGAUUCUGCAAGUGCGCUUAAUCCUGACUGGUCUCGAUUGCCAGCAGAACUUCGAGAGAAGCCAAAGAGGAAGAGAACAGCCACAGGGAUCAGGCCCAAUCUGAAGACUGCUCGUCGAGUUAAAGACAGUGAAGUUGCCUCUCUAUUGGAGAAGCUAGAAAAGAAUGAUGUGCCAGAGAAUGUUGAGGAUGCUGAUGCAGAUGAUGAUGAAGAAACUGAAAAGAAGAAAAAGAAAGAUGAGGAAGUGGAGGAGGAGGAUGAUGAAGAGUACGAUGAUGAAGAUUUAGAGGAAGAGACUGAUUAUAACCUGGCCUACUUUGACAAUGGAGAGGGUUAUGGAGAUGACGAUGAGGAUGAUGAUGAAGGCCCAACCUACUGAAAAGGUGAAUGUGAUACAUCAGAUCCUUAACAAGCCAAGGAGAUAGCAGAAGAAAUGUUUUCCAUAGUCAUGUACGAAUGAUUGUUUCAUUUGUUGGUGAAAAUUCAAAGAAAACAAUGUGUAUUUUUCUUUUAGAAGUUUAAGGCAUUAGAAAACAGUCAUUGAAUAUUAACUUCCUCUCAUAAAAAUAGCUGUUGUUUUUUUUUUCUUUUUCUUCAUGUGCACAACAGUGGAGUCUGCUUAAACCAGACAUGGUUAACAGAAAAUAACGCUAAACCGAAAGAUAAUAAAAAAAUUUUUUUUUUUUCUCUAUUUGAGCCACCUCUUUAAGCCGAAAACCCAGCUAAACCAAAGAAAAUUUGGUAGUACCGCAGAUUUCGGCCUAAGCAGAUUACAUUGUAGAUUGAUGAUCAUGCCUUGUGAUUAUUAUGACAGCGUGGUUCUGUUAUGAUAUGGAUUUGUUGUUGUUGAACUUGACACUGAAUAGAUUUGUAGGGAGACAUGCACAGUCAGUUGUGAUGGUUUUUGAAAUGUCGUUGCCAGGGUGGUUAUUGGGAUAGAUGGGUUGGAGAAAUGUGACACGUCUGUUACUUUAACCCGGCCGUAUGAGAGAUUUUCUGUCUGAUGCGACAUCUAGUCAUUGAACAGGACAUUACAAGAUAAAGGAUCUGUAACGUUAAUGUAACAGAGUUCAUUUGUCUCUGAUCAAGCACGCAAACCUUAUUAAAUUAGGCUCAUGACUGUACUUUUGUACAUAACAUUAACAAAAAUAUGUAAAAAA